UUUAGUGUCAAAUACGUUUGUUGAUAAAAAAAUAGCUCUAUAUCGAAUAUUUGAAAUGGCAUUUUUGAAAGUUUCUCCCAUAUUUUUUCACAUUAGAAGAAACAUGGGCUACAUGCAAAAUCGGUCGAAGUACUGGUUAGAAAGAAUAGGAAAUCGAGAAAUGUUAUGCUACGGAAUGAAUGGUCAACCUAUGUAUAUAGACAGCGUUCAUUUUCCAUUUCCUGCGUUGAGAUACAAAGAAAUGACUUCGGAUUUACAAGCUUUAUUUCAAAAACAGAAUGGAGAUUGGAAACAUCUAACUAAACAGGAUAAAAAAGCGUUAUAUAGAGCAAAUUACUGCCAAACUUUCGCAGAGUUCACAGCUCCCGCGAGCGGUGAAUGGAUGGGAGUUGUUGGGAUCGGAUUAAUUCUGUGUUCACUAGCAGCCUGGAUUUAUAUUUUUGAACGCCUCUUUUUCGACGAUCCCUUACCUGACACAUUUACCCCUAGACUCAACAGAGCUCAGUUGAGAAGAAGAAUAGACAUGCAGGAGGAUCCCAUAAGAGGCUUAACGUCAAACUGGGAUUACGAGAAAAUGGAUUGGAAGGUGAAAACUUGGCUCACACCGGAUAAUCCUUUUGUUAAAUGUCCUGAGGAUUAAUACAAAUAAAAUAUGUUGCAGAUAACAAUUAAAUGUUCUGAGGAUUAAACCGAAUAAAAUAUUUUUCCAGGUAA